AUGACCGAAGCUCUGCACUCUCAUCAUCGAGAUGCUACUGUUCGCCGGACGAACAAGCAUAUCGUCUUUGCUGCCCAUCCUCCCCCUUCUGGCUAUCCCGCACGAUGGUCCCUCGGUCCCAUGGAUUACUACGUGGGACUGGGCAUUCCUAUACAAGUCGUCUUCGUUUUUGAGCCAUCGCCAGACCAGCAUGACGAUUUCAUUCCUCUGGAACGCCUAAUCACAGCAAUGAGCGCCCUGCUCGACCAUCAUCCGCACUUUUCAGGCCGUCUGCGAGAGGACGAGCAAGAUCAUCAGCCCUACAUCACCACGCUCGGAUCCGGCGCAGAGGUGAUCGAAGCGCAUUGCGAUCAAGCCUUGUCUUCAUACCAAAAGUCGGGGGACUACAUCAUCACAUCGUUCCCUAAAGAUUUCUUGUCACCCUACGAACCCACGCCAGAGUACCUCGCCAAGCAUCCCUUUUUUGCCAUCCAGCACACCCGAUUCGCUUGCGGAGGAGUUGCCCUGGCUGUCCGUGUAGCUCAUGCUGUGGUGGAUGGAGUGGGCUUCUUUAGCGUAGUCAGAGAUUUAAGGGACAUUUAUAAUCAGCUCUGUCGAUCAGACGCACCACCUCGGCUAUCCCAUACGCCGAGCCUUGCGGGGUACAUGGCAGAUUGGGCACGUCGAGCUUCGCCGGAAGAAGUGCAGGAUGCUCGGAAGAUUCAACCUCAGCAGUAUCAGCUUGUUCAGGACAGUCUUUCUUCCGGCAGCAACGGCGUGACCUUAUCAUCAGACAAUACGGACAAAGAAGUCGAGGAUGACAAGACCCCUUCUAUUGCCGAAGCCGAUCCGGUGAUAGGCCGAGUUCUGCGCUUCUCCGCAAAGCACCAAAGCGAAUUGAAAAGCUUGGCCACGAACCCUGGGGCAAAUGAGGGAGAGUACAUCACGACAUUCGAUGCACUGUGUGCUUACGUGCUUCAGCAGACUUAUCGAGCUCGCACGUCUCCGACACGGCUGCCAUCCUGCUCGCCGGAUAGGUGCAACUUCCUCACUCCGAGCGAUUGGCGCAAAGCGCUCAAUCUACCGCCAAAUCAUACACCCAACACGUGCUUUGUCAACUUUUGCGAUCUGACUCCAGAGCUGGUGCUCGAUGGACCAGCGCACGCGAUCGCCAGGGCUGUCCAUCAAGUGAGCCGAAGUUUGAGCCUUGCCGAUGCGAAGAGCCAACUGCGUUGGCUCUGCGCCCAAGCGGACAAGUCCAAAGCUCAAUUAGCUUUUUCGUACGGCGAUGGCAGCCUACUUCUCAGUUCCUGGCUCAAGAUGGAUUUGUACGACGCCCUCUCCCUUUCGCUCGCUCAAAGAGGACCAGAGGAGCGACGCAUCAGACCUGCAGUCACCUUCACCCCUUUUACUCAGGUGUCGCUGAUUGAUGGGUUGGGCUAUUUCCUCCCUAUUCCACCUUCUUCGUCAAUGGAUGGUGAGGCCAGCUCCGUAGACCUGGCACUCGCACUCAAGGAAUCGGUCUGGCGAGAGAUGGACCGAGCUUCUAGCAAGUUGUACACCAUCGUAGGUUAG